UUCAAUAAUACUAUUUUUAUGCAUUCUGUCCUUCUAUGUAAGUAUGAAAAUAGUAUUAUCGAACUUUUAAAAUUUAAUUAUACACUUAUAUAUUUAUGAAAUUAAUUUCUGGAAAUUCCGUUUGUGUAUGCUGAAAGUGCAAAGGCAUACUAAUUGUACAUUGAUAAAGAAAUAGUGGGAGCUGAAAAAAAAAUCAACUAGUUGGACUGGUUCCAGUAUUAGAAAAAGGUCAAAAAAUCUGAUAUAAGUCAUACUGUCUGUAAUCCUUAAUUUGUUGAAAUAAUUUUCCUUUCAUAAUUCAUUCCUAUUUUAAAAUAUUUGCAGAAUUUUUAUAAAAUUACUGGAAGGAUGUCUGUUGGACCUUUGGUGACAGAAAUCUGCUGCACAUUCUUCGUGGCUGCUCUUCUAUUGCACAGAUAUGGAAAUUGGAGUCAACAUCACAUAUUGGUGACAAUAAAUGUUUUUAUUGCCUGGUAUUUUUCUUUUAUAAUAAUUUUCAUCUUGCCUCUUGAUGUUUCAACAACAGCUUAUCAUCAAUGCAUUAGAAAUUCCGAAUCAGCUACUACUGUUGUUCCAGUUACAGAAACUACUUUACUUCCAAAUACUUCUUUUAGAAAUAGUACUACAAAUAUUUCUAUUACUCCCACAGAACCAUAUAUAUCAUUACAAGAAGCUCCUGAAAAUCCUUGUCAAGCUCCUUGGAGCCAGAUACCUGAAGGCGUUUUGCCUACAUUAUGGAGAGUUGUCUAUUGGACAGCACAAGCACUUACAUGCGGGUAUUAUUCGAACUUAUUGCAACGCUUGAGUGAUGAAAUUAAGAAAAAACGGCCCAUUUGGCAAAAAAGAGUGUUGUUUCAUCAAGACAAUGCACCAGUUCACAGAUCCGUUAUUUCGAUGACUAAAAUCAAUGAGUUAAGGUUAAAAUUGAUUCCUCACGCACCCUAUUCGCCAGAUUUAGCCCCCUCGGAUUAUUUUCUUUUUCCAAACUUGAAAAAAUGGCUCGGUGGUAAAAGAUUUGCCAACAAUGAAGAGGUGGAGUCUGAGGUUGAUGGCUAUUUUGAGAAGCUUGACAGUUCUCAUUAUAAACAGGGUAUCGAAGCUAUUGAACAUCGCUGGGAAAAAUCAAAAUUAAAAGUGAUUUGUAUAACAGCAAGCAAUACUUGGGGAUUAUUUCUGUUAGUCCUGUUAUUGGGUUAUGGUUUGGUAGAAAUUCCUAGAAGUUGUUGGAAUAAAACAAAAAGAGGCUAUAUGCUUAAUUAUUUGUAUUUUAAAGCUGCUAAACUUAGUACUGAGCGUUGUGAAGCAGAAGAAAGAGUUGAUGAUCUCAUGGAAGAAGUCCAGCAAGUUGCAGAAUGUGUUUCAAGAAGACAUUCUUACUUAAAAAAUUAUUUAGCAAUUAUCCUUGAUAAGCUUCCCGAAGAAAAACAAAAUGUCAUCUGUAAUCGUCAGAGUCUUCGAGAUUUUGAUAUAUCUGGUCCUAUAGACAGAACUUUAAUACGUCUUCAUCAGCAGAUAAUUCGUGCUUUACAAACGUAUAGACGUACUCAGUGUCAAUGGAACAUGUUGGUUGAGCAUUCCUUUGAAUGGGAAGAUAUUGUUCGUAAUGAAAUGAAUCAUGAUCAUCUUUUUAAAUCGACUUUCAUGCCACGACGGUCUUCUUUUGUGAGAGCUUUACUUACACCAAAAAUCGGUAAAAAGAUAAAAUUUUUAAUUCCAAAAGAUAUAUUUAACAUUUAUUAGUAUUUUUUUUUUUUU